AUGACUAAUGGUUCAUCCAGUGAAGCAAUAUGGCAGAGGGAACUGUCUCAGCGGAAAGCGGAGAGGAGAUGGGAAGAGAACAUCUUCGACUUUUCUUCUUUUGUCAAAGACCUCCUGGCCGGGGGCAUCGCCGCCGGAAUCUCCAAGACGGUCGUGGCGCCGAUCGAGCGGGUCAAGUUGCUGCUGCAGGUGCAAGCCUCCAGCAAGCAGAUCAGCGUGGAGAACCAGUACAAGGGCAUCAUCGACUGUGUCGUCCGCAUCCCCAAGGAGCAGGGAAUUGUGAGUUUUUGGCGUGGAAACUUAGCAAAUGUGAUUCGAUAUUUCCCAACUCAGGCUCUGAAUUUUGCCUUCAAGGACAAAUAUAAGCAAUUGUUUAUGGCAGGAAUUGACAAAGAAAAACAGUUUGGAAAAUGGUUUUUAGCAAACUUAGCGUCUGGAGGAGCUGCAGGUACUACAUCCUUGUGUUUUGUAUAUCCACUGGAUUUUGCGCGAACACGUUUGGCAGCUGACGUCGGCAGAGGUCCGCAGGAGAGGCAAUUUACAGGUCUUGCUGACUGCCUUGUGAAAGUUGCAAAUCGAGAUGGGCCUCGCGGUCUUUAUCAAGGGUUUGCUGUUUCAGUGAAUGGCAUCAUUGUAUAUCGAGCUUCCUACUUCGGAUGCUAUGAUACAAUCAAGGGUGUGUUACCAGACCAAAAGAAUACUCCUGUAGUUGUGUCAUUUAUGAUUGCUCAAGCAGUUACCACAUUUUCUGGGAUAUUGUCUUAUCCUUUUGAUACUGUGAGAAGACGUUUGAUGAUGCAGAGUGGUGAAACAGCAAGACAGUACACUGGAACGCUGGAUUGCUUUAAUAAGAUCUAUAAAAACGAGGGGUUUACUGCUUUCUUCAGAGGAGCCUUUUCAAAUAUCCUGCGUGGAACCGGUGGUGCCUUAGUUCUUGUGUCCUACGAUGAAAUUAAGAAGUUGAUCAUUAUUUUGGAAAACAUUUAGUUAAGAAAAUACAUUUGUUUGCAAUUCAGUACCUGUUAAAUAUUGUACACUCAAAUGAAUGGAUUCUUCCUUGGGCAACAUCCAGAAAAAUGAAUUUUAAAAUUUUCAUUUCCUUUUAUUUAUAAUUAGUUAUGAUUGACUUUAACUUUUGAUAUCAAUUUUCUGGAUAAACAUUGUAGACAUUGGAUAGACAUUGUUGUUCCAAAUUAUUGGAGAAAACAGUCCUUGCCAUAACGCUUUUCUAAAUAGAGAAUGACACGUAUCAUCACAGGCCUGUAAAGUGCGAUGACACGUAUAAUGUAUGUAUUUGUAAAUUGCCUUCUGACUCUUGUAACUGUCAAGGAUUUUCUACUCAUACAUAGUUCUUAACAGACCUAUUCUUAAUAAAGCUUUUGCCACAUUGCAGUAGAAUUUUAGUAGAAAUCAUGCUGUGGCUGCCUCUUAUCCUCUUGAACUCCACUACAUUAAAAUAAUUUGGAUUGUGCAUUUUUUAAGUUUUUAUCAGUGAGGCAUAUCAAUAGAGCAUUUAGGCAGUUUCCAGCAUAAUUACAAGAAAAGAAAGGAAAAGAUUUUACUGGAAUAAUGCCCUAAAAACUGAAUAUACCAAGUUAGCAAAGUGAUUUAUAUUAUCUUAGGUAGUUGUUAUU